AUGUCUCUUCCCGAACGGCCGGGCGCAAGCCCGACCUACAAUCAGCGCAAUGCUUACCGCAACUCACCAUCGCGACGCUCAAGACCCGUCGAUAUCGAGACUGGUGGUUACCAUGCAGUAGACAAUCUGGCUUCACACCAACGUGGGAAAUCUGGUUCCUCUUUCGCAGAGUCCAUCGGUAUUAAUUCGAAUACAGAGAGCAUGCCUCUGUCGCCAACGUCCCCAGACGGACAAACGCGCCAUGCCGGCCCGGAACAACCCAUUUCUCGAAAACGAAGUUUGAUUCGCCCGGAGAGAAACAGAAUCGAUAGAGAUCACAGAAACUACCACUACCACAAGCACGCUGCUCACAUGAAUAUCCUGCCAUCUUCGACUGGAAAUGACCCUAUUUAUGAGGAUUUUGAAGCAUCAACAGAGCGGUCUAACUCGAACUACAACGACGGUGGCUCAGAUGGUUCUCCUCGACAAAGGCGAACCGUCAGUGGGGACCACGAGAAGAGCGCUGCUGUUGCAUCGGCUGUUCCUACCCCAGACCGUACAAAGUCAGGUAAGAUCAAGAGAAGAUCGAAGCGCCAUUCGAAGCCGCCAAAGCGAAUUGAAGAGCAGCUUCGGCCGCCUACUUUCUGGAAUGUUUACUGUGCCAUUGUCACUUUUUGGGCGCCCGGCUUCAUCAUGAAGUGCUGCGGUAUGCCAACAAGGGCACAGCAGCGUGCUUGGCGUGAAAAGAUGGGUCUCAUCAGUAUUAUCUUUGUUAUCAUGGCCAUUGUCGGCUUUCUCACAUUCGGAUUCACCGCCGUGGUUUGUGGUGCCCCCCAGGAGCGACUGCGCGUCAACAAGGUUGAUGGCGGCAACAUGAUCUUCCACGGUGUGGCCUACGAUCUGUCUAAAUCUCAUCACCCUCCGGCACAGGGAAUGCCUCUUCGUGGAGAUGGAUUAGGUCCUAACGUCCUUUACGAUCUUCCGGAGAAGAACGCGGGUAUGGACGGAAGCUUUUUGUUCCAGAACGUCAACGGUCGAUGCAAGGGUUUGAUCACACUCGCUGACAAGUCGGACGUGCCUACGAAUGAUGAUGGCGAUUUGGCCUGGUACUUUCCUUGCAAAACCUUUAAGCAAGACGGCUCCAGCAAGGUCAACACAACCGUUCCUUAUUCUUCUGGCUAUGGCUGUCACACGACACUCAACUCCCGAAACGCGUUCUAUCUCGACUUGAGUGGUGCUGCGGAUGUCUACUUCACCUGGGACGAUAUCAAGAACAACUCUCGUAACCUCGUCGUCUACUCAGGAAACGUUCUCGAUCUCGAUCUCCUCCACUGGUUCAACUCAAGUCAGGUUGACAUUCCCAAGCGUUUUGAAGAGCUCCGAGACAAGAAAUCGGAAGUCAAUAAGGCUAUUCGCGGUCGCGAUGUCACACGCAUGUUCCAGUCUUCUUCAGACAAGAAGUAUGUCCAAUGUUUUGAAGAGAUUAUUAAGGUCGGCUCUGUUGAUACUGAGUCAAUCGGCUGCAUUGCUUCCAAGAUUGUUCUUUAUUGUGCACUGGUUCUUAUUCUUUCAGUCGUUGGUGUUCGCUUUUUCUUGGCCAUCAUCUUCCAAUGGUUCAUCUGUCGCAAGUACGCGCCCAGCAAGACCUCCCAGACCUCGGACCGCAGAAAGCGUAACAAACAGAUCGAGGAUUGGUCAGAGGAUAUUUACCGCGCCCCCAUUCGCCUUCCUGGCGAUGUUGGAAGCACAGUCUAUGGCUCGUCGGAUCGAAGCAGCAAACGUGGAUCAUUCCUCCCUACUACAUCUCGAUUCUCCACUGUCGGCGGUCCCGAUGUCAGGGCUCAAACUGGGCGACGCAUGCCAACAACCAUGGCCAGUCAGAGCACCUCUAACCAGCUACUCUCACCUGGCGGUAUGUUCAAGCAGGGUAACGAGAGCCGCGGCAGCUUCCUCCGUUCCGACCCAUACUCGAGCACACCUACCGAUGGCCCCGGUCCUGCUGGCUUCAUUCAUGAUGCUGUGGUUCCUCAGCCUCCCUCUGACUGGAUGCCCUUUGGUUUCCCAUUGGCUCACACGAUGUGUCUGGUCACUGCUUACUCUGAAGGAGAAGAGGGUAUCCGAACUACUCUGGACUCGAUUGCAACCACUGAUUAUCCCAACAGCCACAAGGUUAUUGUUGUUAUCUGUGACGGUAUCAUCAAGGGUCAAGGUGAAACCAUGUCGACACCUGAUGUCUGCCUGGGUAUGCUGAAGGAUCACUCAAUUCCUCCGGACAUGGUUGAGCCAUUCUCGUAUGUGGCUGUUGCCAGCGGUUCCAAGCGACACAACAUGGCCAAGAUCUACUGUGGUUUCUACGAUUAUGGAAAGAACUCUCGUAUCCCCGCUGAUCGUCAGCAGCGAGUGCCAAUGAUGGUCGUUGUUAAGUGCGGAACUCCCGAUGAAGCCUCCAAGUCCAAGCCUGGUAACCGUGGAAAGAGAGACAGUCAGAUCAUUCUCAUGUCUUUCCUCCAGAAGGUCAUGUUUGAUGAGCGAAUGACAGAGCUCGAGUACGAAAUGUUUAACGGUUUAUGGAAGGUUACGGGUAUCUCGCCGGAUUAUUACGAAAUUAUCCUUAUGGUUGACGCCGACACUAAAGUGUUCCCGGACAGUUUGACUCACAUGAUUUCUGCUAUGGUCAAGGAUCCUGAGAUCAUGGGUCUUUGCGGUGAAACGAAGAUUGCCAACAAACGAGACAGCUGGGUCACGGCCAUCCAGGUGUUUGAGUACUUUGUCUCUCAUCAUCUUGCCAAGUCGUUCGAAUCCGUCUUUGGUGGUGUCACCUGUCUGCCCGGUUGUUUCUGUAUGUACCGUAUCAAGGCACCCAAGGGUGGUCACAACUACUGGGUUCCCAUUCUGGCCAACCCCGACAUUGUUGAGCAUUACUCGGAGAACGUGGUCGAGACCUUGCACGAGAAGAACUUGUACCUUUUGGGUGAGGAUCGUUUCCUUACAACUCUGAUGCUCCGAACGUUCCCCAAGCGAAAGCAGGUCUUUAUUCCACAGGCAGUAUGCAAAACAACCGUCCCCGACGAGUUCAUGGUUCUCCUUUCUCAAAGACGUCGAUGGAUCAACUCAACUAUCCACAACCUGAUGGAACUGGUUCUGGUCCGUGAUCUUUGCGGUACCUUUUGCUUCUCCAUGCAGUUUAUCAUUUUCGUCGAACUGGUCGGCACUCUGGUUCUGCCUGCUGCCAUUGCAUUCACCUUCUACGUCGUUAUUACCUCCAUCAUCAACUCACCGCCCCAAAUCAUUCCUCUUGUCCUCUUGGCCUUGAUUCUUGGUCUACCCGGUCUUCUUGUUAUCGUCACAGCCCACUCAUGGUCCUACAUUGUGUGGAUGCUCAUCUACCUGCUGGCGCUGCCAAUCUGGAAUUUUGUUCUACCGACCUAUGCGUUCUGGAAAUUCGAUGACUUCUCCUGGGGUGAGACUCGAAAGACAGCUGGUGAAAAGACUAAGAAGGCUGGCCUUGAGUACGAGGGUGAAUUCGACAGCAGUAAGAUUACGAUGAAGCGAUGGGCCGAGUUUGAGCGCGACAAGCGAUCAAAGAGUGGUUACUGGGGCUCAAGGGAGAAUGUUAUUGGAGGAGGUGGUGGACAAAGCUGGACGAGCCCCCCAGGCCACCAGUAUAAUGAGGAGUACUACUCUGACGCUUGA